AUGAAGAGUUACAACAUCGCAAUGAUUUCAGAUUUCUUCUAUCCACAGCCGGGAGGCAUGGAACUUCAUAUAUACCACCUCUCGCAAAAGCUCAUAGCCAGGGGACAUUCUGUUGUGGUAAUCACCCACGCAUAUGACGACAGAACAGGGGUUCGAAUGUUGACUAAUGGCCUUAAGAUUUACUAUGUCCCAUUUUUUAUCAUAUACCGGCAAACAACUUUCCCAACGGUGUUUUCGUUAUUUCCCAUACUUCGUCAAAUCCUGAUCCGCGAGAGAAUUGAUAUAGUUCAUGGUCAUGGUACCUUCAGCUCCAUGUGUCACGAGGCAAUCUUGCACGCCAACACUAUGGGGAUCAAAACGGUGUUUACAGAUCAUUCGCUGUUUGGAUUUGCAGACGUGGGCUCCAUCCUGGGCAACAAACUGCUAAAAUUCACACUCACCAACAUAGGUCAUGUGAUAUGUGUCAGCCAUACGUGCAAGGAAAACACCGUUCUGAGAGCCAGCUUAGAUCCCUCUUCAGUUUCUGUGAUUCCAAAUGCUGUUAUUGCUGAUGACUUCAAGCCUGCAGAGGUCAAACCGUCAUUGAAUAAGAUCACUGUUGUCGUGAUCUCACGAUUAUUCCAAAACAAGGGAGCAGACCUUCUCACCGCAAUUAUACCCCGGUUAUGCUCCAGUAGGCCUGACAUACACUUCCUGAUUGCUGGCGAUGGCCCGAAGUUUAUCGACUUAGAGCAAAUGAGGGAAAAACAUCAAUUACAAGAUAGAGUCGAACUAAUAGGAAGCAUACGACAUCAACAGGUUCGGGAUGUGAUGGUCCAGGGACAUAUAUAUUUGCACCCGUCUUUGACGGAGGCCUUUGGAACUGUUCUGGUUGAGGCUGCCUCUUGUGGUUUACUAGUGGUAACAACCAAAGUUGGAGGCAUUCCCGAGGUUCUGCCGAAUAAAAUGACUGUUUUCGCUGAUCCGGAUGAGGAGUCACUGGUUGAUGCUGUGAAUCUGGCAGUGAGAAAGCUUAAAGAAAACAAAAUUGAUACAAGCAGCUUUCACGAGGAAGUCAAGAAAAUGUACGAUUGGGGCGAUAUCGCCAAGAGAACAGAAAAGGUGUACAACAUGGUUUCUGAAACAGAGGCUCCCUCGCUUGUGGAUGUUCUAAUCAAAUACUACAAUUGUGGGCCAUGGGCUGGCUUACUAUUCAUAUUGUGUGUGGUCGUCGAUUUAUUUAUUCUCGAGUUUUUAAACUGGUGGUGGCCCGAGAGUGAGAUAGACAAGGUGAAGAAAUGGCCACGGAAAAAAGUCCAGACAGGCAAAUGAGCGCAUUUUCAUCCCAUCAAGAUGUUGAGCAUUUUGGUGUAGCCAUUUAAUGUAUUUGAGUUAUUCUCUGUGAUUCUUGGGAUCUGAAAGUGCUUAAUGGUGGCAGAUAGCUCAUCAGUGCUCACCAACUUCUCGAUUUUGGUACCAAGAUCCCACUUAAUUGGACUAAGGUCAGGUAAAAGGUCACAGGAAAACUUUAGGUCACAGUUUUGGAUAGUCUUGGAAGUAUCAAGCUUGGUUACCAGAGUCCUUAGACUUGAAAUUUCAUUUAUGAGUUCCAUUUUAUCCAGUCGCAUGAACUCUUCGUAGACUCCUCGAGUUUUAUCGUCUCCGUAGAGUUGCAACUUGUUGGUUGCUUCAUCAAGCUGUUUCAAUAUUACCUUGUACUUUUCCUGUGCUCCCAUGUACUCUUUAUUUAGUUUUUGAUUCUCUAACUGUAAUUCUUCAAAAGACUUGGAUAACUGUAUCAAUUGCAAUUCCUCUGUUUGGUGCUUGCUCAGCUUUGCUUGAAGAACAGAGAUCUUCAUUUGAAGUUCUUCAAUAAUUUGGGCUUCUUUUGGAAUCGCUGUAUCAUUUUGGAUUUCUCUGUGUGCGCUGAACCAACUUGUGGAUGCUGGAAUUCCAACGAUUUCAAAUUCAGGGAGCGAUAGCUUAGCUGGAGAUAUUCUAAUCAGCUCUCCAAACACAGUAAUCUGCUCCCCAGUCCUUAGUCUUUCAUCUAGAUCGCAAAGCGCAGCAAAGAGAUCGUCUAUACUUUCAAAUUGAAUGUUAGGCCCAUUUAUCAGCCCUUGCCCGUUUUUCUCCAGGGUUUCGAGUGCAUGGAUAUGACCGUCGAGCUGCCCCAUCCAAUCAUCAAUAGCAGCUUUCACUUUGCUAAAUCCAUACCUUGUACCGUUCAGUGAUAAUCCGUCCUGUAGAAGACCACUUAAAAGAAGGGAGUAUUCAAGUUUAUGAACGGCCAUAAGAACUUGUUUGGUGACUUCCUCCCUGUUCUUAACAAAACCUUCAAAUGGAAAUAUGAGAUCUUCGUGAUACUCGUCUGCUUCAAGCAUUUUAUCAAAUCUUUCCAAAAAUCCAGAAACUUGUUGCACAAGAAUAGAAGGCACCUCUCGGUGAUAUUCGCAAGUUUUUAUUAUACAGCCAGCUUGUAAGGCAAGACGGCCUAAUGAAAAGGCUCCUCGAAGACAUUGUGAUUGGUGGAAAUAAUCAUCGAUACUUGCAACCUCUCCUAGUUGACUAAUAUGGUAGUCUUCAAAUUGGUGGCACAAAACUUUAAAUCUCACAAGCUGGGCCAUCUGCUGUAGAUUCUCUGAGCCUCCUUCAGAUCUUGAAAGAAAAUUCGAAUACUCCUCCAAAGCCAAGUGUUCUGCUUUAUGUAAAACCUGCUCUAUUUCCAACUGGUGUUUUAGUUUCAGUAUUUGAGAGUCGUGGUGCUUCAAUUGAGAAAGAAGCUUUUCAGUCGACUCGCUUGAAACACCCGACUUUUCUGGUUGCGAAUGCUUCUGCUGAAGUAGCUGAUUAAGAUUUGCAACAUUCGUCUCAAGAGCUUUGACGUGAGCUUGUUCUUGCUCCAACUUUUCACGUGCCUGCUUUAUUUCAGCCCGCAAUUCAUUUUCGAUCUCUAAAUGGCUUUGCUCCAAAUCUUUAUCAAGUUCCAAAAGGCUUUCCAGCUCUUUUAUCGCGACCUUACAUUUUGAGAGUUCGUCUGUCAAGUCAGCGUUCUGAACCAUUAGCGAGUCAAUCAUUACCUCCGCGUCAGCUAGAGAGAGUACUUUGCUUUGGAGCUGGUCGUUAGAUUGUUUUAGCUGGGUGAGUUCCUUAACAUAAUGCUCUAUUUGGCCGCUGUCAACAUCUCCACGUCUCAAUGAGUUGUCUGAGAUCUCUUUUGUCUUGUCCUGCAAGGCUGCUAGCUGGUCAGAAAGUGCCAUUUUUUCCAUGAUCUCUCGCUCUAAUGAU